AUGAACUGGGUACCUACUGUCUACCCUGUGUGGGGACACGCAGAUCCACGCUCACUGUCUACAAAGAGCCCUCGGUCUGACUGGGAGAAGCAUGCUUCAAGAAGUGAGCAAAUUCAGUUUUUCUGGCUUGGAGGGAUCCAAGCCCCUCUUCCCCAUUCCAUAUUCUCCAUUCUGUCUUUUCCUUUUCUUCUUAGAGUCUCUCUCAUAACCAAAGGAGAAAUUUUGGGACUCAUUAAUUUAUUCACUAGCAGCUCUUCCUUUAAGGAAGACAGAGAUGUCAAUAACCCCAUGCCUAACCGAGGAGGCAAUGGAUUAGCUCCUGGGGAUGACAGAUUCAAACCUGUGGUACCAUGGCCUCAUGUUGAAGGAGUAGAAGUGGACUUAGAGUCUAUUAGAAGAAAAAACAAGGCGAGAAAUGAACAAGAGCGCCAUGCUGGAGGAGAUAACCAGAAAGACGUAAUACAGAGGCAGUAUCUCACAUUUAAGCCUCAGACAUUCACCUACCGAGAUCCUGUGCUACGUCCAGGGAUCCUCGGUAACUUUGAACCCAAAGAACCUGAGCCUCAUGGAGUGGUUGGUGGCCCUGGAGAGAAAGCCAAGCCAUUGGUUUUGGGACCAGAAUUCAAACAUGCAGUUCAAGCCAGCAUUAAAGAGUUUGGAUUUAACAUGGUGGCAAGUGACAUGAUCUCACUGGACCGCAGCGUCAAUGACUUACGACAAGAAGAGUGCAAGUAUUGGCAUUAUGAUGAAAACCUGCUCACUUCCAGCGUUGUCAUUGUCUUCCACAACGAAGGAUGGUCAACGCUCAUGAGAACGGUCCACAGUGUCAUUAAAAGGACUCCAAGGAAAUACUUAGCAGAAAUUGUGCUAAUUGAUGAUUUCAGUAAUAAAGAACACUUAAAAGAAAAACUAGAUGACUAUAUUAAGCUGUGGAAUGGCUUAGUGAAGGUAUUUCGAAACGAAAGAAGAGAAGGUUUAAUUCAAGCACGAAGUAUUGGUGCCCAGAAGGCUAAACUUGGGCAGGUUUUGAUAUACCUUGAUGCCCACUGUGAGGUGGCAGUUAAUUGGUAUGCACCGCUCGUAGCUCCCAUAUCUAAGGACAGAACUACAUGUACUGUGCCUCUAAUAGAUUACAUAGAUGGGAAUGAUUAUUCCAUUGAACCACAGCAAGGUGGGGAUGAAGAUGGUUUUGCCAGAGGGGCCUGGGACUGGAGUUUACUAUGGAAACGUAUUCCUCUAAGCCACAAGGAAAAGGCCAAAAGAAAACAUAAAACUGAACCUUAUCGGUCCCCUGCCAUGGCUGGUGGAUUAUUUGCCAUUGAACGAGAGUUCUUCUUUGAACUGGGUCUGUAUGAUCCAGGUCUCCAGAUUUGGGGUGGUGAAAACUUUGAGAUCUCAUACAAGAUAUGGCAGUGUGGUGGCAAAUUACUGUUUGUCCCUUGUUCGCGCGUUGGACACAUCUACCGUCUUGAGGGUUGGCAAGGGAAUCCUCCGCCCAUUUAUGUUGGGUCUUCUCCAACUCUGAAGAAUUAUGUUCGAGUUGUAGAGGUGUGGUGGGAUGAAUAUAAAGACUACUUCUAUGCCAGUCGUCCUGAAUCAAAGGCAUUACCAUAUGGGGAUAUAUCUGAGCUGAAAAAAUUUCGAGAGGAUCACAACUGCAAAAGUUUCAAAUGGUUCAUGGAAGAAAUAGCUUAUGACAUAACUUCACACUACCCUUUGCCACCCAAAAAUGUUGAAUGGGGAGAAAUCAGAGGCCUUGAAACUGUUUACUGCAUUGAUAGCAUGGGGAAAACAAAUGGAGGCUUUGUUGAACUAGGACCCUGCCACCGGAUGGGAGGGAAUCAGCUUUUUCGAAUCAACGAAGCUAACCAACUUAUGCAAUAUGACCAGUGUUUGACAAAGGGGCCUGAUGGAUCAAAAAUUAUGAUUACACACUGUAAUCUAAAUGAAUUUAAGGAAUGGCAGUACUUCAAGAACCUGCACAGAUUUACUCACAUUCCUUCAGGAAAGUGCUUAGAUCGCUCAGACAUCCUACAUCAAGUGUUCAUCUCCAAUUGUGACUCCAGUAAAAUGACUCAAAAGUGGGAAAUGAAUAACAUCCAUAGUGUUUAG